UUCAUCACAGUCCGUGCAGGUCUGACGCCGUGGCCUCCAGCUCACAUUCUGGAGCUGCUUGGGUCUAGCAUCUAGCCUCUGUCUGUCUUCAUAUUGGACGCCUCCUCAUGACUUAAGCUCUCAGAAGUGAAAACCCAGUUCCUCAAGAUGUCCUCAGAUUCUGCAAGUGUUAAGGAAACUGAGGAGCCCCAGCAGGUCAUCCCUGAGCCAUCUAUGGACCAGAGAGAAACCCCAGGGGAUCCUGAACCAGGACUGUGCACCCCUCAGACUUCUCCUGUGGAGACCAGCCAGCUUGAGUCAGCUCAGAGCCAAGUGGUGCUGACCUGUGAUAAAACAGCUGUGACCUCUGAAUCCUGUAGCACAGGUCAGAGCCAGGCGGUGCCUACCCAUCAUGAACCAGCCAUGACAUCUCAAUCUUUGCCACCAAGCUCAAGGGCAAAUCCUGGAAAAGACAGCGAUUUCCAACCUGGAGAGACAAGUGAGACUGUUGGUUUUCAACAGGCAGGUGCAUCUGCAGACCAGCCCAUCAAGGAGGAGGACCGAGAAACACCUGUCUCUGGGGCCCAGGCCUCCGACUCCAGUCAGAGUGCACCUAGAACUAGUGAAGACUUUGUACCUAAUCCUGAGGGCCCAGUUCUGUUUUGUGUCCCAGACCCUUGUCUUGAGGGGUUCGUCUUUGAGGAUCCUUAUCGUGGGGCUACGUACACAAUUCCAGCAGGUGUCAUGAUGGGUGCCCAUGGUCCUCAAAUGUUCUCAUUUCCAUCUAGAAGCAAAGGAGCUCAGAAGAAAGUCCCUGUAGGAAAAAGGGCUGUAAUGGCACAUCCCUCGAGAAAACCCCCGAGAGCCCAGGAAAACUAUGGCCAGCAGGGAGCCUCCCAACUUCAGAAUAUUGGCAUCUCUGAGAGUUCAGCACCCAGUGGAGAAGGCAGCCAUGAAAUUCAGGUGGCUUCAGGUGAAUCCUCAGCUCCUUCCCAUUCUCCCUCUGCAUCAAGGCAACCUCCAGAAAGUGGUUCAGAUUCCCCGGCUGUCCAAAGAGUGCAUCCCCAAAAGAAGUCAGACCCAGAGGACCAGAGCUCUGUGUCCCAGAAGAAGCCAGAGUUGAAGCCCUACCUCUGUACCUACCAAGAUUAUGGGAAACCUUACACCAAGUCUUUACACCUCAGAGACCAUCUGAAGAUACCCAUUGGGGAGAAGUUUUAUGUGCACCAUGUUCCUUGAUGCCCAUGGAAAUUCUCCCCCUCAGAUUCUGUCAGCAGACACAGGGGAACCCGCACUGGGUAGAGUCCUACCAGUGCAUCUCUUGUGCCUGGAUGUAUUCCGGAUUGGACUCCUCAAGCAACCUUUGAGAUUUCUUUCCUAAUCAUCAUCUUGUAACCUGACUGCCCGUAAACAGUAUCUUCCCUAAUUAACGUUUAUUCUGCCCACAACUUUGAGAACCCCCACUAGAUGCAACUGUUGCUUUUA